UUCUCCUUCCCACAAUAAUGUAGAAUUUCCCAAAAUUAAUCAAUUAAUCUAAACCUUUACCAAAAUGACAUUAGCUCUUCUUCACCACUCUUGUUCUUCUUCUUUCCCAAUUUUCACAUAUAAUAAUAAUCUUAAAAUUUCCAUUUCAACUUCCAAUAGAAUUCAGUUUGUAUGUAACAAUUCUUCUUCAAACCAACAAUCUCAAGAUCAUACUACACCUACAGAGCAUAGAGUUGUUUUGGUGGAAAGAUACAUAAACGGAACUUCCAAAAGGUAUAUACUGGAUGACGAAUUAUGCUUGACAACUUUUCUCGAGGAUGAAUCCAAAUCCAAUGGGUUUUCUUUGAAGGAACUUCCCUGGCUUCCUGAUAUUCUUAAAGAUUUUGUUCUACCUGCUGGCUUCCCAGGGUCUGUUUCAGAUGAUUACUUGGAAUAUAUGUUGUUACAGUUCCCAACCAAUGUCACUGCAUGGAUCUGUCACACGUUGGUCACAUCAAGUCUUUUAAAGGCAGUUGGUUUGGACUAUUCGUCUGCAACUACAGCUGCAGCGUCUGCUGCUGCCAUAAGAUGGGUUUCCAAAGAUGGGAUUGGUGCUGUCGGACGCUUCUUCAUUGGUGGACGAUUUGGAAAUUUAUUUGAUGAUGAUCCAAAACAAUGGCGCAUGUAUGCUGACUUCAUUGGCAGUGCUGGAAGCAUCUUUGAUCUCUGUACACCUCUGUAUCCUGCAUAUUUUCUGCCACUGGCAUCUCUAGGGAAUCUUGCUAAGGCUGUGGCAAGAGGGCUGAAGGAUCCUUCAUUUCGGGUGAUCCAAAAUCAUUUUGCUAUAUCCGAAAAUCUUGGGGAUGUGGCAGCGAAGGAGGAAGUCUGGGAAGUAUCUGCGCAGCUCAUUGGCCUUGCUCUUGGCAUACUGGUCCUGUCUACGCCAGGUCUUGUCAGAUCAUAUCCAGUUCUAGCAUUGACAUGGAUGAGCAUGCGGCUUCUGCACCUUUGGCUGCGUUACCAGUCUCUUUCAGUUCUUGAAUUCGACACAGUAAAUCUAAAGCGUGCACGAAUCCUAGUGGACUUGCAUGUUUCAAACUCGACAGUUCUAGGAUGCAAAGAAUGCAACAAAACCGAAAAUAUCUUGUCAUGGGAGAGAUUUUCAGUACCACCAAUUGUUUUUGGUGUAUCCUUGUCUGACAUGCUUGGUGGUGAAAGGUCAGGCCUCAAGGUGAAGAAGCUUGUGCAACUCUAUAUGAAGGAGAAAUAUAUUCUCGUGGUGAAUCAACAGCCUUUUAAAGAUUUCGAAACCCUUGUAUCUUUCAAGGAUGGUGCGACAAGUCUUUCGGUGUUGCGAAGUGUUUGGCAAACAUAUUGGCUGUACAAGAAUCAGCACAGACAAGAUCAUUGUUUUGAUCAACUGAAAGAAAGCCUGAACGAACUUGAUGAUCAGUUUGAGAACUUUUUGCAGCAAUUAACAGACGUUGGAUGGGACAUCAAUCAGAUUAAUUUGAAAGUUUGUAAGAAUGUAUUGUUUGAAGAAUGUAUAUUAUAGUUUCAUACAUGCAAGACAUUCAACAAGAGCGUAAAUUGCAGUAUCUCUGGCUGCGUAUUUGCUUCUUGGAUUUUUGUAACACAUGCUCUUUUGAGAAGCUAUUGAUGGUUUCACGGUGCAUGCCUCUGCUCCUA